AUGACCUCCCGCAGGUCUCUGGGCGGCGGUCGCGUACUGGGGAGCGGGAGGAACCUGUCGCCCGCUGCGCCACCUCCGCAGCCAACAGCAACUGCACCUGCCCAUCGCCGCAAUGCGAGCCUGCUAUCGCCCUCGGAGAGCUCGGUGUCGCUGAGCUCGCAGACGUCCAUCAGCCCAGCCAGCACCCAUGAGACCCGGGAGGACAUCAGCAGCAAGGUGCUGAUUGGGCCGACUGAAAAUGCGGCGGCGAGCGCGUCCAGUAGACUCGUGUGCCCGAUAUGUAAUGAGGAAAUGGUAACAUUACUCCAACUCAACCGACAUCUCGACGACAACCACCAGAACCUGGUAGUCGAGGAGCAGGAUGAGGUCAAGAACUGGUUCGAGGCGCAGAUGCACAAGGCGAAGAAGUUCCAGCCCCUCGCCGUCCUGAACCAGAAGCUCAAAGGACUCGACGUCUUCGAAUCCAACGAUGCCCCUACGCCCCCUCAAAUCUCCCACUCCGCCAGCAGCUCGACCGCCCACGCUGCCUACGAACCCGCACCCGUGCGCCGAGACCCGGAGGAGGAAGUCACGCGAGCACAUUGGCAGAGGCCGGGAUACCGCGAUGUGUGUUCAGAUCCCGUCUGCGCAAGACCCAUCACCGCAUCACAAAUGGCACUGGGUGGGAAUCAGCCAGCAGUGAACUGCAGGCAGUGUGGAAGGCUGUUCUGCGAGGAACACACUAUGUACCAGAUGAAGCUGUCGCGGCAGGCUAAGCACGACCCCGUCAGAGGCAUCUGGUGUCGAGUGUGUGAGACAUGCUACAAGUCAAGAGACGGCUACAACGACCACCACGGUGUCGAGCGCGACCACUUCGACGACUUCGCCAAGAUCAGACGGAAACGGGUGGACAGGGAGCGCAUGGAGGUUAGCAGGCUUGAGAAGCGCCUUACAAAGUUGACGCAGCUCCUCGCAGACCCACCACCGAUAGAGGAGACACCGACUACCGGGGGCUGGUUCUCCUCACUGGCGGGCGUCAAGAACCAACGGAAGGCUCUGGAGCAAUCCAUCAUCACUUGGCAGGAAGAUGCUAAAGUAUCCAACUGCCCCUUCUGUCAACAGGAAUUUUCGACAUAUACCUUCAGGAGAUCCCAUUGUCGCUUGUGUGGACGCGUAGUAUGCAGCGACCCGAAGACUAGCUGCUCCUCGGAGGUAGGCCUUAAUGUCGACGCCAGCGCGCAAAAGACCGAGAAGGAUGCUGCUCAAAUGAGUAUCGACGUGCGAAUGUGCAAAGAUUGCCAGCACACGUUGUUCGCUAGAGGCGACUUUGAACGCGAACUAGCCGACAAGCCCAAGGACCAGCGCGCAUAUGAGAACCUUGCUCAGUUCGAAAGAGGCAUUCGACUACUUCUUCCACGCUUCCACAAGCUUUUGCAAGCGUUGCAGGAUCCAGACAAGUCGCCUACGCCGCAGCAGUUGACCGACGCAACCAAGGUACGGAAGCGUUUGAUGGAUGGCUUCGCACAAUUCGAUGUGGCUGCGAAACGAAUACGAGACCUACCUACAGAUUCGCCGACACAACAGAAGCUACAGCGAGCAGUAUACCAACAAGCUUACAGCUUCCUAAGCUUGCACAUGUUGCCCUUACGGUCGUUACCGAAGAUCCUAAAGCAUGCUGCCCCGCAAGGCCGAUCGAACGGAGGCAGUGCUCUCGCCUCUAUCAAGUACAACGACCGCUCUGCCGGCAGUGUCGUGAGCAGUAGCGAGGUUUCCGCAAUGGAAUCAGAAGAGAAGGAGCUGAGGGAACGACUGAUUGUGCUUGAGGAACAGAAGUUUAUGGUGUCAGAGAUGGUUGCCGACGCUACCAAACACCGAAGAUUUGACGAAGUUUCCAGUCUUGCGCAGAACCUGGAAGAUUUGAACAAAGAGAUUGACCAAAUCAAUGGCCAACUUGGACAAUUGGACUUUGCCAGUGCGUACAAUGGAGGGAUGGCUAGUCCACAGCCUGGGUGA